CUCAACGGCUCACCGCAUACAACUGUGAAUUUCUGUCCUAAAAACGCACUUCCAAAUUCUGGACAUUGGACGGCGUGCGCCCGUCGGAUCACUUGACUGAGGUUGCUCUUGUCUACAGCCUUUGGGAAGUGUCGAUUCUGAAACUGCCAGCCACCAGUUCGUAACCAAUUCGGAGCACCUGCCUGAGUCUCUGUUCUCAGUACGACCAGGACGCGUCACUGAAGUCGAAGUAGUGCAACCUUGAAAGGCGUCACUUCUUCCGUCCCACGUUUCGACCUUCAGCGCCCUAGCUCCGUUGUCACCUUCACCGCGUCUACCGCAGACGAUGUUGGGUCGCAGCAGGCAGCGAGAGAGCAAUCAAGAGGACUCCGCAUCACAACCACUACUCAACCGCUCCGAAGAAGACCUUCUGUCGGACGAUGUGCUCUUUGCUUUGGACGAUGACGAACCAGAAAUCUCUUCGCUGAACAGCAGCGCUGAUUCACCGGCACACAAGCCGGGGCAUGUCCGCUUCCAAGAGGACGUCCAGGUGAUUGGGCCUCCCCUCCGGUCUACGUUCGACAGUCGCGAAGCCGACACAGACGACCUUGACGGUGCGGCCCUUGCCCAGCUAGAAUCUGCAAGUCACCCGAGAUCACCUCGGUCACCUCGAGACCAGACUGUCCCGCUCCUCGUUGGGCUCCUGGACUCUGCAUCAGCACGUCGGAGUCCAGAUGGCACGCUACAGCUACAACAGAGAGGUGCUAGUAGAGACUCCGACCUAGAUGAUGUAGAUGUGGAAGCUAUUGCUGCGAAACGGCUCGCCGGCGGCAACAUGCUCGACUCGGUUGCAAACAUGGCCAAUUCAAUCCUGGGCGCAGGUAUCAUUGGCCUGCCAUACGCUAUACGGCAAGCCGGGUUUGUCACUGGCAUCAUACUGCUCGUCGUGCUUUGCGCCGUUACAGACUGGACCAUCCGUCUCAUCGUGAUUAAUGCCAAGCUGAGCGGGCGGAACUCGUACAUUGAGAUCAUGAACCACUGCUUCGGCUCGAGUGGCCGUGCAGCUGUUUCGUUCUUCCAGUUCGCAUUCGCAUUUGGAGGGAUGUGUGCAUUUGGGAUCAUCAUUGGCGAUACUAUCCCACACGUCAUCCGCUCGAUCUUUCCCACCCUCAACACUGUCCCUGUCCUCUCGCUCCUAACGAGGCGCCAAUUCGUCAUCGCGCUCUGUACUGUCUGUGUGUCGUACCCGCUCUCGCUGCAUCGUUCGAUCGACAAGCUUGCACGCGCUUCGCUUCUCGCUCUCUUCGGCAUGAUCACAAUUGUCGCCUCCGUGCUUAUCGAGAGUCCGCGCGUACCACCCGAGCUCAAGGGUGAUCCCACUCAGCGGUUCACGGUGCUCGGACCCGGCGUGUUCCAGGCGAUCGGCGUGAUCAGCUUCGCAUUCGUGUGCCACCACAACUCGCUCCUGAUAUACGGCAGCCUGCGCACGCCGACGCUUGACCGCUUCGCGAAGGUGACGCACAUCUCGACGGCGAUGUCGCUCGUUGCAUGUUGCACGUUGGCCAUCUCAGCGUACUUGGUGUUCACGAACAAGACGCAGGGAAAUAUUUUGAACAACUUUGCAGGCAACGACACAGUGAUCAACGUAGCCCGCUUUUGUUUUGGGCUGAAUAUGUUCACUACCCUGCCCCUUGAGCUCUUCGUCUGCAGAGAAGUCAUCGAGCAAUUCUUUUUUCCACACGAGCCGUUUAACAUACAGCGACAUGUCUUCUUCACGACAGCCAUCCUCUGCUCCUCCAUGAUCAUCGCGCUCAUCACCUGUGACCUCGGUGUGAUGCUAGAGAUUACUGGCGGCGCGUCAGCCACCGCUCUCGCCUUCAUAUUCCCUGCAGCAUGCUAUCUGCGUCUUGCAGACCUUGGUCCAAAAUGGUACUCCCGAGGCAGAUGGCCCGCCCUCGUGUGUGCCUCUUUUGGUGUGAUUGUGAUGGUUAUCUCGCUGUGGCUCGCCCUUGGGAAAGUGUGGACGCCUGAGGGCGGUGCACGCAUUUGUGCAUGACACGCCGUCGCCGUCGGUUUUAUCGACACAUAUCUUCAUUCGGACUCUGAAGUUAGUUAAAUCACACAUGGACAGCAUAUUUACCCUGGGACUACAACACUUUGCAUGCAUGGUAUAUAUCUAUGUACAUCAUCUAAUUGUUUUCUCUUGCUUCUUCACCAUGGUGCAUCGAGGAGUUGUCUCAGCCC